CCAAAAGAUCGAUUCUUUGAUUAAUCGAUUUCAGAUGGCCAUCCCUAUUUCGAAUUCGAAUAGCAUUGCUAUUGCUGAGUAUUGCUACUAUGUGCUACUUUCAUUUGAUAAUCUGAUAGCAAGGACAUUGAGAAAAAGGUCUAAUUUUUUUACUCAAGAAAUAAUAUAAUAUUAUAAGAGGAAAGUGAAUAGCAUUAUUUUCAGGCCAAGUGAUAGUUAAUAAAGACGCAAGAUGUCAGAAGGAAAGAAAAAAGCAUUGUUUAUUUGUCUCGGAAAUAUAUGUCGCUCUCCUAUAGCAGAAGGUGUAUUCCAAAAAACUGUAAAUGACAUGAAUUUGGGUGAUCAAUGGGAAAUCGACAGUGCAGCUAUUGGAGGUUGGCAUGUAGGUAAUCCGCCAGACUGGCGAGCAUUGGAUACUAUGAAAAAGCAUAAUGUUCCAUACAACAAUCAUGCAAGACAGAUAGUAUCGGAGGACUUUAAUCAUUAUGAUUACAUAUUUGGUAUGGAUGAAGCUAAUAUGAGAGAUCUUAACAAAAGGGCUCCCAAAGGAAGCAAAGCUAAACUUCUUCUCUUUGGAGAAUUUGAUCCUGAAGGUGAUAGGAUUAUAAGGGAUCCAUACUAUGACAGCGAUGCAAAAGGGUUUGAAAAGUGUUACCAGCAAUCACUUAGAUGUUCUAAAGGUUUUCUCGAUAGCUUAAAACAGUAGAGUGCAAUCAUUCCUUAAAACUUUUUUUUUAUUGUUUAUUGUUACUAUCAAUUUUAUAGAGCAUUGUAACUAAUAAAUUGUUAUUAAUAUAAUUACA